AUGGUAGUCCCAGCCUGCGUGCUAGCGUUCUGCUUUGCGGUCGUGGCCGCAGCUACCUCUGAGCCACCCGGCCCAGAGCAGCGAGUCGUGCGGAGACCGGCAGAGAUCGCAGGGCCUGAGCCUAGCCAGCAGGAGCAGGUGGCCUUUGGCAUUGGGGACACCGUGGAGCUAAGCUGCCAUCCUCCUGGAGGUGCCCCGACAGGCCCCACUGUCUGGGCUAAGGAUGGCACAGGGCUGGUGGCCUCCCGCCGUGUCUUGGUGGGUCCCCAGAGGCUCCAGGUGCUGAAUGCCUCGCAUGAGGAUGCGGGGGUCUACAGCUGCCAGCAUCGGCUCUCUCAGCGUGUGCUGUGCCACUUCAGUGUGCGUGUGACAGAUGCUCCAUCUUCAGGAGAUGACGAAGAUGGGGAGGACAUGGCUGAGGAUACAGGGGCCCCUUACUGGACUCGGCCAGAGCGUAUGGACAAGAAACUGCUGGCUGUGCCAGCAGCAAACACUGUACGCUUCCGCUGCCCGGCUGCUGGCAACCCUACCCCCUCCAUCUCCUGGCUGAAGAAUGGCAAAGAAUUCCGAGGGGAGCAUCGCAUAGGGGGCAUCAAGCUUCGGCACCAGCAGUGGAGUCUGGUCAUGGAGAGCGUGGUGCCCUCUGAUCGUGGCAACUAUACCUGCGUGGUAGAGAACAAGUUUGGCAGCAUCCGGCAGACAUACACUCUGGAUGUGCUGGAGCGUUCCCCACACCGGCCCAUCCUGCAGGCUGGGCUGCCAGCCAACCAGACGGCCGUCCUGGGCAGUGACGUGGAGUUCCACUGCAAGGUGUACAGCGAUGCACAGCCACACAUCCAGUGGCUGAAGCAUGUGGAAGUGAAUGGCAGCAAAGUGGGCCCUGAUGGCACACCCUACGUCACUGUACUCAAGUCCUGGAUCAGUGAGAAUGUGGAGGCAGACGCACGCCUCCGCCUGGCCAAUGUGUCGGAGCGGGACGGGGGCGAGUACCUCUGUCGAGCCACCAAUUUCAUAGGCGUGGCUGAGAAGGCCUUUUGGCUGCGUGUUCACGGGCCUCAAGCAGCUGAGGAGGAGCUGAUGGAAGUCGAUGAGGCUGGCAGUGUGUACGCGGGCAUCCUCAGCUAUGGGGUGGGAUUCUUCCUCUUCAUCCUGGUGGUGGCAGCUGUGACACUCUGUCGCCUUCGCAGUCCCCCAAAGAAGGGCCUGGGCUCACCCACCGUGCACAAGGUCUCUCGCUUCCCGCUUAAGCGACAGCAGGUAUCCUUGGAGUCCAACUCCUCUAUGAACUCCAACACACCCCUGGUCCGCAUUGCCCGGCUGUCCUCUGGAGAAGGUCCUGUUCUGGCCAAUGUUUCUGAACUUGAGUUGCCUGCUGACCCCAAGUGGGAGCUAUCCAGGACCCGGCUCACACUCGGUAAGCCUCUUGGAGAAGGCUGCUUUGGCCAGGUUGUCAUGGCAGAAGCUAUUGGCAUUGACAAAGAUCGAACUGCCAAGCCUGUCACAGUGGCCGUGAAGAUGCUGAAAGAUGAUGCCACUGACAAGGACCUGUCGGACCUGGUGUCUGAGAUGGAGAUGAUGAAAAUGAUUGGCAAGCACAAGAACAUCAUCAACCUGCUGGGGGCCUGCACACAGGGUGGGCCCCUGUAUGUGCUGGUGGAGUAUGCGGCCAAGGGCAACCUACGAGAAUUCCUGCGGGCACGCCGGCCUCCAGGCAUGGACUACUCCUUUGAUGCCUGCAGGCUGCCAGAAGAGCAGCUUACUUGCAAGGAUCUAGUGUCUUGUGCCUACCAGGUGGCCCGGGGCAUGGAAUACCUGGCUUCCCAGAAGUGCAUUCACAGAGACUUGGCUGCCAGAAACGUGCUGGUGACUGAGGACAAUGUGAUGAAGAUUGCAGACUUUGGCCUGGCCCGUGAUGUGCACAAUCUAGACUACUACAAGAAGACCACAAACGGCCGGCUACCUGUGAAGUGGAUGGCACCAGAGGCCCUGUUUGACCGUGUCUACACCCACCAGAGUGAUGUCUGGUCCUUUGGGGUCCUUCUCUGGGAGAUCUUCACCCUGGGGGGUUCACCGUAUCCUGGCAUUCCGGUGGAAGAACUCUUCAAGCUGUUGAAAGAGGGCCACCGCAUGGACAAGCCAGCCAACUGCACACAUGACCUGUACAUGAUCAUGCGGGAAUGUUGGCAUGCUGUACCUUCACAGAGGCCCACCUUCAAGCAGCUGGUAGAGGACUUAGACCGCAUCCUUACUGUGACAUCAACUGAUGAAUACCUGGACCUAUCUGUGCCUUUUGAGCAGUACUCGCCUGGUGGCCAAGAUACUCCUAGCUCCAGCUCCUCAGGAGAUGACUCUGUGUUCACCCAUGACUUGCUGCCCUCAGGUCCACCCAGUAAUGGGGGACCUCGGACGUGAGGGGUCAACAGUCCUCCAGACCAAGCCCCAGCCAAUGUUUACACAGACCCUAGCCCGCCCUGCUACUUCUGGUGUGCAGUGGAUUCCAGCCAGCCCAGUGUGAUGGAGCAGCAGUAGACAGGAUGUACGUGUGUGUGUGU